GAAAGGAACAAACUAGGUAUCAAUGUUUGCGAAGCGCAUCAAACAUGUGCAUGAGAGUGGCAGCAUGCUUGGCGCCACUAGACGCGUGGUUGGAUUCAUUCCUCGGAGGUUACGAUCGGUGCGGCAAGUGCAUGGAGAUGGGGAUGGCGAAGAGGCUCUACGUUUCCACAAGAGCAGAGGCCAACACAUUCUCAUCAACCCUCGAAUUCUGGACACCAUCGUUCGGAGAUCCGCGAUAAACCCCACCGACACGGUCCUCGAAAUCGGACCCGGCACCGGCAACCUCACCCUCAAGCUCCUCGAAGCCGCGCACAAGGUCGUAGCCAUCGAGAUCGAUCACCGCAUGGUCCAGGUUCUCGAGAAGCGCGUCCUCCAACGUGGCCUCAAAGAUAAGCUCAGGGUUAUAGAAAGAGAUGCAAUGAGAGCCCCGUUCCCGCGGUUUGAUCUUGUUGUGGCCAACAUUCCUUACCGGAUAUCUUCCCCUCUUGUGAUUAAACUGGUGUAUGGAGCAACGCCGUUUCGGAGUGCCACGCUUCUGCUCCAGAAAGAGUUCGCUCGGAGGUUACUGGCUUGCCCCGGUGACUCCGGUGGGUUUAACCGGUUGUCGGCGAAUGUGAAGCUUGUGGCUGACGUGGAGCUUGUGAUGGAUGUAAGCAAGAGGGACUUUCUCCCUUCACCUAAAGUUGAUUCUUCUGUGGUCAUAAUUCGCCCCAAGCAUCAAAUUCCCAAUGUGGAUCUUCAUGAAUGGAGGUCUUUCACCAGGACUUGUUUUAGUAGUAAUAGGAACAAGACACUCGGGGCAUUGUUUAAGCUUAAGGGGAAAGUUUUUGAGUUGUUUAAAAUCUCCAAUGGAAAUGAUGAAUGUUCUCUCCACAAGGGUGAUGAGGUUCAAGACGAAGGAGGGUUGACCUCGUUCAAGGAAAAGAUUAUUGGAGUGGUUAGAACGGGUGGCUUUGAAGAUAAAAGACCUGCAAAACUUUCUCUCCAGGAGCUUCUGCAUUUGCUCUCUUUGUUCAAUCAAGCUGGCAUUUAUUUUAAUCACCGUGGACGUCACAAGAUUGAAGAUAUGCUUGACGACAAUGAUGAAUAGUGCACCCUGCUGAGAUGCUUAUCAACUGCUUUGUGUUUAACAUUAUCAUUGGUUUGUUUUUUUUCACUAGAAAGCAAGCAUUCUUGAUUUGAUGAUAUUUUGAGAAAAAGUAAUGCACACCAAAGCAAAAGUGAGAGUAUGAAAAAUGAGAAAAGUUCACUCUAACCAUUAAAUCUUGCUUGGUUGGUCAAGAUUGGUUUUACUUAAACAAAACAUCAAUGUGAGAUUGAAUAACCAAAAUCAGCUCUUUUUAUGCUCUCA